ACAGUCGAGUUUCGAUUUUCACCACGUUCGGACGCAUUUGAAAGCUUCUACUCAAGUCUUUAAAUUUCUUUAUUUUUGUGGCAACAAGUGUCAAAGUUUAUUUGUGAAUUAUUUUUUAAUUGUCAUUUAAAAAAAAUCAUCAAAAAUGGGUUUAAGCAGAUUGUCAGUCAUCAAGUUCUUGGAAUUGUUGCUUACUUUAUCAUGCGUGGGCUUGCACUACAACUCCAUGGGCGAACAUUCUGAUUUACAUACCAUUAUGCUCAUCAAUGGAACGUUUGUUGGAUUUUCGGUUAUUUUGAUCGGAUUGUUUGCUGGAUAUUUGAUGAACACUCCAAUCAACAAGAGAAUCGAUCUCUUCUACUCAUUGGUUGGAUGCGCUAUGUUCAUUACAUCAGGUGUCUUGAUCAUUCAAUUCUGGAAUGAUUCAGUUGGCGGCAAAGUAAUCGGAUGGGCAUCAAGUGACAGAAAGAAUCUUGGAAUCACAAAAGGUUCAUUGGCCAUUGUCAACGGAAUUCUCUUCCUUGUUGAUGUUGUCUUCACAUUUAGAGAUUAAGAAGUUUAAAAGUAGUGUGUGUGCCUUUUUUUAUCGCAAAUUGCUGCCUUCAAAUGCACUCAUGAAUCUCAUAUGCUUCGCAUCUUCUUCCAAAAUUUUUGAUAAUGCUUAAAUGCUUUUAAAGUUUGUUUUGAUUUCAUUUCAUAUUUCUCUCAUGUACGAUUAAUGGUCC